UUGGUUCAGUUUGCUGAUUAAAUCAAACAUUCAUUUAGUCAGACUUAUGAACAAUAAACAGAUAAUGAGCUUCAUAUGGAGCCGUCGAGUUCUGUUGAUCAUUACCUUUACAUCAUCGUUGGAGGAGCUGCUACAGAGAAUACAGCACAUUUAUGAAGGUCAUUUGGGUCCAUGAAGGAAACGUUGUUCCAUCAACUCAACAGGUGGAAAAAGGGUCAACAUGAAAAGUAAACAUGAAACCUGUUGCUUUCCUUUGAAAGGUGUGUUGGCUUCAACGCAGUGCAAAGUGACCACACCUACAGGUGCGGGUGGAGGUGGAUCAGGAGGAAUUGCCAGAAACGCAUGCCUCCACAUGUUGAGGUUUCAGCUGAAGUGCGACUGCAGGAGAGAAAAGCCUCAAACUGAAUGGAAACAAGGAAAUUAAGAAGGAGGACCAAAGGGAAUAAAAGCUGUGAACAUGAAUCCUGAUCCCGGAGCCACAGAGAUGGAAUACACUUGUGUGACGCCUGGAAAUCCCACCGACGACGAACCAGAGACCCAGGAGCUGGACCCGGUGCUGGUUUGGGUUCCCAGUGGGAGGCGUCUGAUCUCGGGUCUGCUGGGGAUGAACGUGGUCCUGCUGGGGGCGGCCCUGGUGGCGGGACAGGCCUUUAACCCCGAGGGCCUGAAGAACCAGGAGCCCCAGGUUUUCUUGCUGCUGCUGAUGGGGGCCAGUUUGAUCUGGAUCCUGUGGUACCUGCUGUGGGCCCGAAGACAACCCGGCAUCAGCCCACAUAAGGACCACCAUGCUGGGGGAACCACAGUCACCUUGGUCCUGAUUCUGUUCGCUGCGUUCAGUGUGCUGCUGUUCAUCUGCAGGAUCGGGUACUUGAUCAGCGUGAGGGUUUGUCAGCCGCCGGCUAAAGUGCUGUCUGCGUUCAUGGAGGCUCCUUUUCUGGUGCUGCAGACGUAUUUACUGUGGGCUCACUCCAAGGACUGCGUCCACAAACACAAGAUAAUCACCAGGUCUGGACUGAUGGUGAUUCUGUCAGCUGACCUGCUGCUGUGGCUCAACGCUGUCACCGAGGAUACGAUCCACGAGGAGAUCGAGUUAGAAAAGAGCGACGGGUUCAAGUUCGGCAACACAAACUCAUCUGAGGCCGACGACUCGGAUUCUGCAGGUAACUUGACGUUCUGUCGCUGCAGUGCGAGCGCCGCCUGCCUCACCUUCAGGAAAGGCUUCGAGAUCCUGUAUCCCUUCAACAUGGAGUUCUACCUGAUGGCAGGCUGCAUGAUCUACGUGAUGUGGAAGAACGUGGGCCGCAGGACGAGUCCGGGGCACCACGUCUCCGAGAAGCUGACCCUCAACAUCGUGUACCAGGGCGGGGUCAUCUACGGCCUGGUGUUUGGCGGCCUGGUGCUCGUGGCGGGAGUGACGGUGUUCAUCCUCUACCAGGUGUGGGUGAGCCAGCAGCAGCUUCGCCUCACCGCCUUCCUCAUCUUCUACGGCUUCCAUUGCGCCGUCAUGCCCGUCAUGUCCUUGUGCUCGCUGGCCGGGACGCUGGUCCACCGGCUGGAGAGGAGGGCCCAGGAGGCCGGACUCAACCCGACUCGGAGCCUGGACGUGUUGCUCCUGGUGGCAGCGGCUCUGGGCCAGCUAGCCCUCUCCUACUUCUCCCUGGUGGCGGCCCUGGCUCUGGGGACCAGCGGGCCCCUGGGGGACCUGGACCUGUCCUACUCCCUCCUCAGCCUCCUGGAGCUCGUCCUCCAGAACAUCUUCAUCAUCGAAGGCCUCCACCGGCACCCGAACCUGCUCGUCAAGAAGAAGGAGAAGCAGAGGAGCAGCAUAUUUAAGCCAAAGAAAAAGGUGACGACACCGAUAGAAGACAAGAAGGCGGAUCUCUCACUGCUGGAGGGAAACACGUCAGCACCCCCUGCUGUUCAACUGCAUGAUGGGAAAAAGUCCUGGCACAAGAGAGCGAUACAGGAAAUCUGUGCUUUCCUCGUCCUCUCCAACAUCAUGCUGUGGGUCAUCCCGGCCUUCGGAGCCCACCCUCAGUUUGAGAACGGCCUGGGGAAACAGUUCUUCGGCUUCAGCACCUGGUUCGUUCUGGUGAAUCUGGGCCAGCCGCUCAGCGUCUUCUACAGGAUGCACUCGGUGGGAGCGCUGAUGGAGCUGCUCAUCACUGCAUGACGAGCAACACGUGACCGCAGAUUAAACAGGACACACAUUCAAUGAACGAUUUAGUUAACAUGGACAGAAGUAUGUGGACAUCUACUGCUGAUGAGGCCGUUGUUCUUUAGGGUUUAAGAUCCUUGGAGCAGGUUUGUGUUUGUCCAUUUCCUGUUUCAAUAUGGCGACGACCACGUGCACGAUGCCCACGUGCACAGAUCCAGCUCAAUAGAGAGACGUUUCCACAAGAUGGUGCUGCUGCAAACAUUUGGAAGAAAACUACAAAAAGGAAAAACAGAGACACUGCAUGAGGGUCAAUGAAAUCUGAAAAACAUUCUAUCGCACAAUUAUUAAAAAGAUGAGCCUCCUGAUGCAGAUGUGCAUCAUUUAAUGAGCUCCUUCCUGAAUCCACAUCCACCAAGUUUCAUUUAAUACAUCCAGUCGUUUUUGUACAAUAACAACAACAAACACACAAACAGAUGAAAAGAUGAUGAGGUUUCUCUGAUGCUCUUGGAAUGUUUUAGAUGUUUUACUUCAGUAAAAGCACCAACACAACAAAGUACAAAUCCUACGUUACAAAGUCCUGCAUCUCAGAUCUCAACAGUCAAAAAAACAUCAAGAGUCAAAGAAAAGUUCAAGUUGAAAAUGUCAAAACUUUAAGUAUUUUGUGAAAUGUUUAAUUAUUUUUUCUGCUUUGGGCCCAAAUAUAUAUAUAUUUUUAAAUGUUUAAAAAGUUAAAUAUGAUAAAUGGCCAUAUUAUAGUAUUUUCUCUGUAAAGUAAAACCAGCCGUUAGAUAAAUGCACAAUAUCGUCCUCUGAAAUGUUAAGUAAAUGUUAAAUUGUACAGACGUACAUUACAAACAUUGUAUCUCUGGCGACAGGUUCAAGAAUCUGUUGAGUUAUAACAUACGUGUUCAUUAAAUCAUUUCCUGUGAGAUUAAACAUGUAUUUUUUUAUUCUGACAGAAUAAAACAUGUCACAUUCA